AUGGGGGCCAAAUGCAGCGAGAUGGCCAUGGGCACGCCCUCCCAGGUGAAGACUUCGGAGGCUUUAGUAGACGAGGAGGAGGACGACGGAGAGGACGAGGAGGGUGAAGAGGAGGAGGAUGAAGAGGAUGAAGAGGCGUCUGUGAAGGCGGACGCAGAGAAAGCGUUGAAGGGCCACCUCGUGCGCGGCAAGACCGCUGCCUUUGAGGAGGCAAUCGAGCAUGCCACUUCGGUGGGCAUCGACGAGGACAUGAUCGCACAGGCAGAGAGCAAGCUGAAGCAGCACAAGGUGCUGCGGGAGCGGGAAGUGUUCAUAGAGGAGCUCCCCAAGUUCCUCAAAUCCGAAGAUGCAGAUGACGAGACGAAGUGCCAGGAGCAGAUUGAAGUGGGCAAGAAGCAUGGGGUUCCUGAGACUCACUUGCAGCAGCUCCGGGAGCGCAUCGAGUUCAUCAAGCUCGGUCGCGACUUGGAGGAGGAGGAGGUGCAGAAGGCGAACGAGAUGACGACCGAGUCGACGCGCCGCUUUGUCACCUCCUGCUUUGCAGGCCGCGCCCUCACACACGUGGAUGAGAAGGGCAAGAAAGUCAAGGUCCUUUGCAAGCUUGACCCUGCCAUGCGCAAGCUGCGCAUCGAAGAGGAGGCAGGAGGCGAGGUGUGCACCGCAGACCUGGCCAGCGUUCAGGCUUGUGCAGGGACGCUGGCGGGACUGGGUGAAACGAGCCCUUUGACGUCGCUCUCCGACGAGGAGCAGGACCGCUCCAUUGCACUGAGAGCAGCCGGUGAAGGUCCUUGGCUCCUCCUGGAGCAACGCCCUGAGCUGCACGCCGAGUUCCUCUUGGCCCUAGCGGUUCUCGGAAGUGGCAAUGGUGAGGAGAAGCUUGCGUCAACGACAAGCAUGAGGUCCAGGCCAGGCGCUUCUUCACCAACUGCUGCUGCCGGGAAUGUUGGUGAGAUUAGCGUCAUGCUGGAGUCGAUGGAGGAGAUGGAUGAGCCGACACAAGAUUCCAAGGAGAAGAAGGACAAGAAAGAUAAGAAGGACAAGAAGGAUAAGAAGGAGGAGAAGGAGAAGAAGGAAAAGAAGGACAAAGAGGAGGAUGGCGACAAGAAGGAUAAGAAAGACAAGAAGGACAAGAAAGCCAAGAAAUGA